AACAGUGAAACGAGAUUUGGCGAAAUGAACGGCUUGUCGGAGGACGACAGUUCCGACAGUAGCAGUGAAUAUCUGGUACAUCCGUCGAAGAUCAAUUUAAGAUCCAGCUUCUUCGAUGAUAAGAAAUCUAAGAUCGAUGAGAGGGACGACAGCGAGGAAGAGACCGACGAGGAUCUCGACGAUCCCACGGAACCAAGUAACAUCGAACUAUUCACUCAGGUCUUGAAAAAUUUGGAAUCCUCUCAGCAGUCGCAAAUCAAAGAUGAGAAGAAGGAAGGAUCACGUUUCUCUGAAACAUCGAAGACAGAGGCGGGCAAUGAUACUUUCAAUGAGAUAAACGAAUUACUGCUUCGGGGGGAGAGCAGCUUGGGCUCGCCCAGCAAGAAAUCUUCAAAAGAUGUGUCAAUAAAGACCGAGGAGGAUGCUCAGGCUCCUAGUGAAUACACUAUCCCAAAGGAUGGUGUCAACAUCGUCCUACCUGGCACAAGUUUAAUGAUGAAUACCAGAAAAAAGAAGAAAGGUCACGACUUGAAAGCGAUCUUGAGGAAACGACUGAGAGACAGUCAGAUAUUGAUAGAGAAAGUAGGAUUGCUGUGUUGGUUGGCUUAUGGAUUUCAUCUGAAUAGGCAGAUCAAUCAACCUGAGAUAAUGUCUGGCGUCUUGUCUUUAAUGUCCUCUUGUAACUACCCGAAGGAUAAGAUCGAUUUGAAAUAUCUUGAGAAGUUCACGAAGUGGUUCAAGCAUGUAUUCACUUUGCAAACGAUUGAAAGUAAUGGUAACAGAAUAAUAGAUAAGGAAAAUUUGUCCAACGUGUUGAAAGAGAAGAAGGUUUCUUGUUAUAAAGAAUUGGUAUUGCUAUACGUUGCUACACUGAGAGCUCUUGGGUUGAACUGCAGAUUAGUUAUUUCUCUUUAUCCUCCUCAUAAAGUCUUUAGCGAUAGUCCUAUAUUUAAGAUGGAAACGAAAGAGCAGGACAAGGAGAGCAAGCCUAAGAGUAAGCCUAAAGCACAAAGCUUAAAGAAAUCGAAGGAGAAGAAGGAAGUUUCUGAGAAGAAAAUCAUUGAAAAUAGUACCGAAGGGCAGAAAAACGCGAAAGAGGAAGCCAAGAAAAGAGCAGCUGCGGUUCUGCGGGCGAAACCGCAGAAUAAUGAUAGAAAACGGAAGUCUGAUAUUGACAAGGAUUCCAAAAACGAGACAAAUUCUAAAAUCAAGAAGUCAGAUAACAAGAGUUCAGAGAAAGAUGGAGAAUCUGACGAGCAGGAGAAGAAAGGGAUCAAUUUAAGACAGUUAAGAUCCAGCAAAGUUAAUUCCGAGGAAAAUAAAGCAAGCAAGUCGUCGGAUUUAUCCCAAGAAUCUGACAAGCAGGAGAAGAAAGGAAUCAAUCUAAGGCAGUUAAGAUCUAGCAAAGUUAAUUCCGAAGAAAAUAAAGCAAGCAAGUCGUCGGAUUUGAAGCCUGACGGUAAAAGAUCAAAGUAUUAUAUACAUGAAAGUUCGUCGGAUUCUGAGAUCGAAUUCCAACCGAAACCAAAACGUCCGGCAAGGAAAGAUUCGAGUGACGAUAAAGAGAAAGCACAAGAUUCUAAAAAAGACAUCAAGACGGACACCAAAAAGGACACCAAGAAAAAUAAUAGGAAAUUGGUUUCCUCUGACAGCGAAAGCGAGGAGAGUAAUCAGAAGGACAGGCAAGAUAUUUGGGCGGAAAUCUAUUUGGAAUCGGAAUCAAACUGGAUCUGCGUCAGCCUGAUGGACGAGAAGGUUCAAUGUGUGGAUCAUGUAUAUAAAAAGGCAACGAAACCGGUGUUGUACGUGGUCGCGUGGAACUCGAAUGGAUUAAUAAAAGACGUAACCAGGCGGUACUGUCCUCAAUGGCUGAUGGUCACGAGGAAACAGCGAGUCGACGAGAAAUGGUGGAAGGAAACUAUUUCUCCCUGGAAAGAGAAAGACACUGCUAUCUCCAAAGCCGAGGAUGAGAUGCUCUUGGAAAGAGAAUUGGCUCAGCCGUUGCCUAAGUCGAGCGCCGCUUGCAAAGGCCACCCGCUCUACGUAAUUCAGAAACAUUUGCUAAAAUUCGAGGCACUGUACCCUCCGGAUUGCGCGCCUUUGGGAUACACUUCGACAGGCGAUGCAAUUUACUCGCGACAUUGCGUCCACACUCUUUGCUCGAGAGAGACUUGGCUCAGACAAGCCAGAGUCGUAAAACCGAAGCAAGAACCUUAUAAGAUCGUCAAGUCUCGUCCGAAAUACGAUAAACUAUCAGGAAUGAAAAUUAAGGAUCUGCCGUUGGAGGUGUUCGGUGAGUGGCAAACUACGCAGUACGAGCCUCCAGUUGCGAAGGAUGGUAUCGUCCCACGAAACGAAUACGGAAACGUGGAUCUCUUCAAGGCUUGCAUGCUACCGAAGGGAACUGUCCACAUAAACCUUCCAGGAUUGUACAGAGUCGCCAAGAAAUUGAACAUAGAUUGCGCACCAGCUGUGGUGGGCUUUAAUUUCGGCGGGAUGGGCGCGGUGCCCGCGACAGAGGGUUUCGUGGUUUGUGAAGAAUAUGAGGAUACUUUGCGGGAAGCCUGGGAAGCCGAGCAACGGGAAGCGGCCAAGCGGGCGAGAGAGAAACGAGAUAAGCGGGUUUACGGGAACUGGAAGAAGCUGAUCCACGGCCUGCUGAUAAGAGAACGAUUAGCUAUCAAAUAUCAGUUCCGGAAGAAGGAAUAAAGUCUGUGAUUAAUGAACGAACGAAGGACGAUAAAGAUGAACGCGAAGAAAACUGAAGUUUCAUAAACUUUGUAAUGUAUAACAGAAUGAUAUUACUUUGGCAUCUCUUAAUUUAAUUUGUGUACAGGUUUAGUAUUAUUUGUUAUUUACAAAUCACUCAACAGGCAGCCUUGUUUAGACUAAGUAAGUUAUGAUACUCCUUCCUCCAAAAUUAAGCGGACGUCUACAAUUCAUUCCACUAUUUUGAUAUGUAUGUAAAAUGGAAAUUUAUAGACUUAUUUAAUGUAAUUCGAUAUUAUUUAAAUUGUCUUUGCAUAAUGUAUAUAUGAACGUAUGUAAGUUUUGUAUAACGGUUGAAUAACAAGUUGAUAUAUCUUUGUAAA